AUGGCGAUCGCGCGUCCCGUUAGGACGCUCGGCCUCCUGGCCGUUGUGCUCUGGUGUUUCUUCCUAUACCAACUGUUCAAACCCACCGCAUCGAUUUUCGGGCCUGCCGGAAGAUAUGCCAACUUUGAGCGAGACCCCAACCUGGAUCCUACAGGCGAGCCAGAGGGCAUCCUCGUGCGCGCUUCUUCCAAGUACGCACCCGAUGCCAAAGAUACCGACCGCAUACCGGCGACCCUGCUAGCUCUUGUACGAAACUCGGAAGUGGACGACAUGGUAGCUUCCAUGAACGACCUCGAGCGAACGUGGAAUCACAAGUUCAACUACCCUUGGACCUUUUUCAACGACGAGCCCUUUUCGGACGAAUUUAUCAAAAAGACAAGCGCAGCGACCAAAGCCAAGUGCAACUAUGAGGUCAUCCCCGACGAGCACUGGGCCGUCCCUUCAUGGAUCGACAUGGACAUGUUUGACGCCUCUGCUUCUGUCCUCGAGAAGAACGGCGUACAGUAUGCUCGAAUGAUGUCGUACCACCAAAUGUGUCGCUGGAACAGCGGCAUGUUCUACAAGCAUCCUGCUCUCAAGGAUGUCCGCUACUACUGGCGCGUCGAGCCCAAAGUCCACUUCUUCUGCGAUGUCGACUACGACGUUUUCCGCUACAUGCACGACAACAACAAGACGUACGGCUUCACGAUUACUCUCUACGACGACCCGAAUACGCUCCCCACACUUUGGCCCGAAACCGCCAAGUUCCUCGCCGACCAUCCCACAUACCUCAAGGAAAACAAUGCCGUCAAGUGGGUGACGGAUAGCGAGCGCCGACCCGAGCACAAUCUCAAUGCCCAGGGCUUCUCGACUUGCCACUUCUGGACCAAUUUCGAAGUGGCCGACAUGGAGUUUUGGCGCAGCCAGGUGUACGACGACUACUUCAACCACCUAGACAAGGCUGGUGGCUUCUUCUACGAACGCUGGGGUGACGCUCCCGUUCACAGCAUUGCGGUUGGCCUCUUUGAGGACAAGAGCAAGAUUCACUGGUUCCGCGAUAUUGGAUACCAGCAUAUUCCCUUUUUCAACUGCCCCAACUCACCCAAGUGCAAGGGAUGCGUGACGGGUCGCUUGACGGACGGAGAGCCAUUCCUUCACCGCGAAGAUUGCCGACCAAACUGGUUCAAGUACGCCCACAUGGACUAG